ACGAUUUUAACUGCAACAGUGUCAAUUCGAGGGAAAGCUUCAUCGGAUCCUGGAAUUUUGAGCUCCUAAAACAUCUUUCGUUUAAUUUGAAGCACCUGAAUUUGACUGAAUUGUGGAAAGAGGAUGAACAAGGUAACGAUACCAUGGACGAUAUCACAGUUGAUCAAUUACUUCCAGCCAAACCAAACUCAUCUAACGGACUGCGAUGCAUACUAUUUAGCGGCCUUACUUAUAUUCCUCAAUCUACUAAACAUCACCUACUUGCACAACUAUUUGUUGCAUCUGACUUCAAUGGGUAUCAGGAUACGCACAGCUUUCUGCGCUCUGAUCUACAGAAAGUGCUUGAGGUUGAGCCCUGAGUCACUGACCACGAUCACUACUGGAAACAUAGUGACUUUGAUGACGAAAGAUGUCGCUGCGUUCGAGACGAUGAUCAUGUAUGCGAAUGACGUUUGGAUUGGGUGCGUCCAAACGGUUGUGAUAUUUUAUUUGCUUUAUCGGAGAGUUGGAGUAGCAGCUUUUGUUGGAGUUGGACUGUUCUUGAUUAUGAUACCGAUUCAGAUUUACAUUGGCAAAGUUGUAUCCAAGUUACGUGUGGAAUCGGCAAAGAAUACUGACAAAAGACUACAAACUAUACGAGAUGCUGUUUCUUCAAUAAAAAUUAUAAAAAUGUAUAAUUGGGAGUCCAUAUUUGAAGAUAGGAUUUCACGUAAUAGGAGGAUCGAGAUAAACAGCCUAGUGAAGAUAUUCAUAAGAAAGGUAAUGAUCCUUCUCCUGGGCGCCUUGACCUCAAAACUAGCCUUCUUUGCCAUGGUAAUGAUGUACGUCUGGCUAGGCAACCCUAUUUCAGCAGAGCUGGUUUACUUUAUCCUCACUCUGCUGCAAAGAGUGAGACACGCUUUCAACGUGGUGAUUCCUAUGGGUAUCACUGAGUCCGCAGAGUUGUAUGCUUCAGCUAAGAGGAUAGAGGCUUUGCUCAAACGGAGAGUGUUACGAAGAAUGCCGAUGAAAAAACUGUUUUGAAGGAUAAUAUGUUAGGCUUCUUCAGUAUUGCUACAAGCUACUGUGGAUCCGGGUCACUAGCUAGUUCAGGAGUAAAUAAGGACAGGAAAAUACAUAAGAAAUACUGGUUUGCAUUUUGAUAAACGAAAAUGCUAAAGUAAACGUAAGAAAUACCACAGUAGAAAUACGGGGUCACACAGUUCUGAAAGGAAUCUCCUUCGAAGUAAACAAUGGGCUGACAAUUAUCUCAGGUCCAAUAGGCUCUGGCAAAACCACACUCCUAAGACUUCUGUUGAAUGACAUAAGUUGCAAGGAGGGCUCCGUGCUUGUAAAUGGCCGGGUAUCUUACGCUCCUCAGGAACCAUGGGUUUUUCCUUCUACUUUGAAACAAAACAUACUUUUGGGCGAGAAGUUUGAUAGAAACAGGUACGAGGAGGUAUUGAAAGUGUGCGCUCUUACUCUUGAUAGAGACAGACUUCCAGGAGGGGACGAUUUCAUGGUGAAGGAACAAGGAUCUAACAUCAGCAGUGGUCAAAAAGCAAGAAUCAGUUUGGCAAGAGCUGCAUAUAGGAAUUCAGAUGUAUACCUAUUAGAUGAUUGUCUAAGGUCUUUGGACAUACAUGUUCAGGAAUACGUGUUUAAAGAAUGCUUGCAAAGGUUUAUGACUGGGAAGAUUUGCAUUUUCGUCACCCAAAAUAACAACUUUUUUUAUAAGGCUGACGGGAUACUAUGGAUUGAAAAUGGUGUGGUGCAAAUGAAAUCUCGUGGGGUUAUUAAUGCUGAAAAACAACAUGUGAAGGAACCUGUGAUGGAAGAAAAAUGUGACGUGACACUUGGAGAUUAUGACGAGGCGGAUGAGUCCACUAAAUUAUUAGAUUCAAAACAGAAGCCUAACGUAUACUGCGAAGAAAAAAAGUCGGGGAAGGUAGAAAAAGCAGUUUAUAAGAAAUAUAUAAAACUUGGUGGAGGAUAUUUUCUUGGCGUAUUUAUUAUUUUAUUUUUCAUCGUAACGCACACAUGUAAAAGCUACUCGGAGAAGAUGGUAAGCAACUGGGUAAAUUUGGAAGAAAACAUUUCGCUUUACAAACAUGAGAACAUCAAAAUAUCAGAUGAUCUAAUGACACGCUACAAUUUUACUUUGAUACUCUAUUCUUGUUUGAUCCUGGGUACAGUGGUAUUGUCUGUGAUAACAGCUACUCUUCUGUUUAACUUUACAAGAACUGCCUCAAACAGACUUCAGAAUUUGAUGGUGAGAAGCAUAAUGGGUGCUUUAAUGUAUUUUCAUGAUGUGACGCCUAUAGGAAGCAUUAUCAAUAGAUUUUCUAAAGACUUGACAGUGAUAGAUGAGCAGCUGCCGUUUGUAGUUUAUGAUUUUUUAGAGAUUUUGUUCUCAUUCUGUGGUGUAGUCAUAUUGUUGGCAUGUGUGAAUCUCCUUUUCCUGAUACCAGUCUCAGUCAUUAUCAUCAUUAUGUAUUUAAUGAGAAAAAUUUACAUACCGAUUGGAAGGAAUUUACAGAGGAUGGAUGUAUCGUCAAGAAGUCCAAUGAUAGGAUACUUAAAUGCAUCUCUAGAAGGCCUGACGACAAUAAGAGCUUUCAGGGUAGAAGAUCUACUGACAAAGGAGUUUGACAGACAUCAAGAUCUUUACACAUCCGCCAACUAUACCUCGAAGUGUUGUGCUAGAGCUUUUGGUUAUUUCCUGGAUCUAUGGUGUUCUAUAUUCAUCGCUACCAUAGUUGCCAGAUUUGUCUUCCUGGAUCAUGAUAUCACUGUGGGUGAAAUUGGGUUGGCAAUUACGCAGGCUUAUACCUUGACAGGUUUCGUACAGUAUGGUAUUAGGCAAUGGGCCGAGAUAGAAAACAAAAUGACGUCAGUGGAAAGAGCACUGGAAUAUACCAAAGCAGAACAGGAGCGUAACGAUAUGGGAAUCUUGUCGUCGCUUAAUUGGCCAAUCAAAGGAAAGAUACAGUUUGUUGACGUCAGCUUGCGGUACUGCAGCACGGACAGCUAUUUGCUGAAGAAUUUGAAUUUUACGAUAAAUCCAGCGGAGAAGAUUGGGAUUGUUGGAAGAACAGGUGCUGGUAAAUCGACACUAAUUACCACGCUGUUCCGCUUAUAUGACCACGAGGGUGAAAUUCGUAUAGACGAUAUGGACAUCAAAUACCUCCAGUUAAAAACAAUUCGUCAAAAAAUCACCAUAAUACCACAGGAGCCAGUUCUAUUCACGGGUACCAUCAGAGAUAACUUAGAUCCAUUUGGAGAUUAUGAUGAUCACGAAAUUUGGAGUGCCAUAGAAAAAGCCGGACUUCGGAGUGCAGAAUCAGGGUCAAACAUAACAUCGCUAGAGAUAACUAUCGACGACGCCAAGUUAAGCAGUGCCCAAAAGCAGCUGCUUUCAAUAGCAAGAGCAGUGCUGCUCAAGAACAAAAUCGUGAUAUUCGAUGAACUAACUGCCAACAUGGAUGAAGUCACAGAGAAACUUGUCACAGACGUGGUGAAGGAGAACUUUAAGUCAUGCACCUUGCUGGUUGUGGCUCACAAGUUGGAGACCAUUGUAGGACUCGAUAAGGUGAUGGUGCUAGAGCACGGAGCUAUAGUGGAGUACAAUACUCCCGCAAUGCUCUUGGAGGAAAAGAAUGGAGUGUUCUAUAAUAUGGUGAAGAGCAGUGGGUUGCUGAAAUGAGAUAUUAUUGUAUCUUUGUAAAUAAAUAUAAAUUAAGGUAUACAUACUGUUUUAGUUGUAAUUGAAGACCUCGGUGCAAAAACAGCAAAGUCGC